AUGGCUGCCAAGGGCGAUUCGCUGCGCGACAGGCAGAUUGCCUCGUUGCGCAAGAUCCUGAACCUCAACCAGGACACCGACCCCAGGGACGACGACGAGCACCACGCCAACGGCACGCUGGCCCCGGCCGGCCCCUUGCUUGGCGCCGACGGCGAGCCCGUGUGGAAGGUCCUCGUCUUUGACGACCUGGGCCGCGAUGUCAUCAGCAGCGUGCUGCGCGUGAGCGACCUGCGCUCCCUGGGCAUCACGAUGCACAUGCAUCUUUCGGCCUCCCGGCAUGCCAUACCCGACGUGCCCGUCAUAUACAUGCUGGAGCCGAGCCCCAAGAACCUCGAGGCCAUCACCAGCGAUCUGCAGAAGGGCCUCUACUCCCCUGCCUACAUCAACUUCACCUCUUCGAUACCACGGCCUCUACUGGAGGACUUCGCCUCACAGACCGCCACCGCCGGCACCUCGGAACACAUAGCACAGCUCUACGAUCAGUACCUGAAUUUCAUCGUCGCCGAGCCGGACCUUUUCAGCUUGGGGAUGCAGAAGGAGAACACAUACUGGGCACUGAACAGCGCAAAGACCAAGGACGAAGAGCUGGACCAUGUUGUGGACAAGAUUGUCAGCGGGCUGUUCAGCGUCGUCGUGACACAGGGCGUGAUACCUAUCAUACGGUGUCCCAAAGCUGCCGCCGCCGAGAUGAUUGCAGCAAAGCUGGACCGAAAACUACGCGACCAUAUCCUCAACUCCAAGGACAACCUGUUCUCUGCGAGCGCUCGACCGGCCUCGUCCGCGGGAACCGCUGCUUCCCGGCCCGUGCUGAUCAUCCUGGACCGGAAUGUCGACUUGAACCCAAUGCUGUCUCAUUCCUGGACGUACCAGUCCCUGGUGCACGACGUCCUGAACAUGAAGCUGAACCGCAUCACGAUCGAGACGCCAGUCGACGAACAGAACCCUGCCAAGGGCGUUUCCAAGAAGGCCUACGACCUGACGGCUUCCGACUUCUUCUGGGAAAAGAACGCUGCUCUGCCAUUCCCUCAGGUCGCCGAGGAUAUCGAUGCCGAGUUGACCAGGUACAAGGACGACGCUGCCGAGAUCACCAAGAAGACAGGCGCUUCCUCUAUAGAGGAUCUACAAAAUGACACGAGUGCGAGCGCGCAGCACCUCAAGGCCGCCAUCACAUUGCUGCCAGAAUUGCGCGAACGCAAAGCCACACUUGAUAUGCACAUGAACAUCUUAGCUGCGCUUCUAACAGGAAUAAAAAACCGACAGCUAGACAAUUUUUUCCAGAUGGAGGAGGAAGUCAUGAAGCAGACCAAAGCGCAAGUGUUGGAGGUUAUUAAGGACGAGGCUAGGGGAGACCAGCCACUGGACAAGCUGCGAUUGUUCAUAAUCUGGUUCCUGAGCACCGAGCAGGAAGUAAGCAGAGCAGAGUGGACUCAGUUUGAAGAUGCCCUAAAGGCCACUGGCAUUGAUACCACAUCACUCGCCUACAUCAGACAGGUCCGAGCCACGACCAAGAUGACGCAGCUGACCACCAUCAACAACCCUACACAACCUUCUAACCAGCCUGGCUCCGACCUGUUUGGUCGCUUCUCGAACCUCUCCACCCGUCUGACUGAUCGAGUCAAGGACGCUGGUGUGACACUGCCUGGCGGCUUCAACCUAGAUUCUCUGAGUGGCGCACUGAAGAACCUCAUCCCCGUAAAUCGUGACUUGACAGUGACAAAGAUUGUCGAGUCCCUGAUGGACCCUCAGGCGGCAGCAACUUCGGCCCUCGCCAAGACGGAAAACUAUAUGUACUUCGACCCAAGAAGCGCCAACGCACGAGGAACGAUGCCGGCUCCAAGUGCUAUUAGAGCAGGGGCUGGCAGCACGCCCGGUGCGCUUCCAGGCACUCAGGGCCCCGGCAUGGGUGCGAGCUUUGGCCAGAGACGCCAAGGUUACACAGAUGCCAUCGUCUUUGUGGUGGGAGGCGGCAGCAUGGAUGAGUAUGGCAACUUGCAGGAGUGGAUAGCCAGGACUGGUGGAGAAAGAGCCAAGAAGAGGGCCAUCUACGGAGCCACGGAGAUCAUGAACGCCACCGAGUUCUUGAGCGGACCCCUCGAAAGGCUAGGACAAGAAGUCAGUAGCUAA